AUGAAGGGUGGUGGACGGCUUCGGCCCAAGGCAUCGAAGCAGGAUGACUCGAUUAUGGGGACCAACAACAGCAGUAUCGUCUCCAAGCGCAGUGUUGAGCGUCUAUACUACCCAAAUGAGCCACAUUUCUUCCGCUACUUCGUCAAAAAGCCUCAAAGACGAGCACCCCUCAUCAAUAGAGGCUAUUGGUUGCGCAUGAAAGCGAUAGAUCACGUGGCCAGCCAGUUUUUAAAGGAGGCGACGGGGAAGAAGAAGAUUAUCGUCAAUUUAGGCUGUGGAUAUGACCCUCUUCCGUGGCAAUCCUGGGCGAGAUAUCCGGAAGCAUCACGAGAUGUGACAUUUGUGGAUAUCGACUAUAGGGAUUUGAUUCUCAGGAAGAGAGAUAUGGUACAGCAAACGAGCGAGCUGAAUAGUAUCUUGAAGAACGUGGAAUAUCCUGAAGAUGGUGAUAUUCUACUACGAAGCGAACAGUAUCUGCAGGUUGGCUGUGACUUGCGAGAUCUCACAAAGCUCGAGAAGUUCUUCUCUUCGGAGUUUGACUUGAGUAACAGCGUCGUAUUCUGCACUGCAGAGGUUUCGAUUGCAUAUAUGGAUGUUGCAACAUCUGAUGCCCUGAUCAGAUGGAUUGGAUCACUCCCCUACUCCCGAUUUUGCCUCCUGGAGCAAUUACUCCCUAACGGACCACGCCAUCCAUUUGGAAAAACCAUGUUAGCGCAUUUUGACAAACUUCAAACGCCACUGAGGCCUGUUUUGGCAUAUCCAACCACACAAGAUCAGGAGAAUCGACUAAAAAAAGCCGGGUGGGCAGAUGUGCGUGCUCGGAAUUUAUGGGAACUUUGGGGUUCUUCAGACUUCCUUUCUUCCGAAGAGCGUAUACACCUGGAUGAAGUUGAGCCCUUUGAUGAGUGGGAAGAAUUUGCCCUUUUUGGGUGCCACUACACGCUUCUUGAGGCGUCUAAUGUGCACUUGUCCACAACCCAGCCUCAGAGCACGGAAACAGCUGCCGCCUCUCCUGAAAAAACGAACUCUGAAUCAGUGUCACUGAAAGGGAAAAUGGAAUACACUGAGUCCGCAAAGUUAAACGGGAUAAGGAGGUUUGGAGCGUCAUUAUCUGUCAAGGGUGACAAUGGUUGCCCAGACUUAAAAGGCAAUUUCGGUGGUAUGGGGGUGAACAAUCGACUGGGUUCAAUUGAUAUCUUCACAAGCGCAUCGCAAGGCGGAUCGUCUCCUCCGGGUCCUACGCUACGUGUAAAGCCCGAAACCCGCAUGUGCCAUACUCUGACAGAGAUUGGAGAUUGUGGUUCGCUGCUUGUGGGUGGACGGUCGUCGCCAGACAAGGCUUUCGCGGACUGCUGGCUAUACUCGAAACUAUCUCAUACGUGGGAACGUGUUGAUGACAUUCCAGUAGCCAGAUACAGGCACUCCGCAUUUGCCCUGGGCGAUGGCUCGGUGCUUGUGACAGGUGGAAAGAAGGAUUCAAAGACUGUACUGAGUGACACUUUUCUUUGGAACCGUCAAACAGGCUGGACUGAGUGUCUCCUAGAUCAGGAUGGUAAACCACAGGUAUUCGGCGCACUGAUGAUCUCUGAUGUUAUCUCCACAACCUCGACGACGAGUGGCUUCCUUGUUGGCGGAAUGUUAACCGACGGACGAGUCUCGACGGAUCUCUGGUCCUGGGAGCUUCAUAGAUAUCCACAAGAGCCGUCAAUAACAUGGACCUGCAACGACAAAGCUGCCGGGGAGGAGAACCUAUAUUUACACCGAUUUGGCGCAUGCUGGGCAAACUAUGAUGGAAAAUCCUUGGUGGUUGGUGGUAUCAUGACUGCCAACCUGAUCCCAGAACACGCGGAAAUAGUUGCUCUCGAUAUUGAAUCCGAAGCAGGACGAAUUAAGACAAAUCUAACGAAUAUAGAACGAUGCGACACAAGGCCCCUAUUAAUCGGCCACUCCAUUGCAACGUCCGGCAGGAGCUUGUUGAUCAUGGGUGGAGGAGCUGUAUGUUUCUCAUUUGGUACAUUUUGGAACAAAGGCUGUUACACCAUCCUACCUGCUGAAGAUGAUGGUGGCAAUUUUCAAGGGCCAGAUAAGCAGGUCACUGGUAGUUCUGAGCCUUGGAGUUAUUUGAAUACUGUUGAUUCCGAGUCGAGCCAACCCCCCAAGAGCUCAUUGCGGCCUUCACCGCUUGAGAAUCAGAAGCCUAGAGAGCCUAUUACCAUCGCGCGGAAGAAGAUUUCAUCGUGGACCGAUUUCGCGGCUAUUUUGUCUUCGGGGGAGCCAAUAAUUCUGGAGGGCCUCGACAUAGGCUCAUGUACGGAUCUCUGGACAAAUUCAUACCUUCUAGACCCCAACGAGGACCGCAUGGACUUCGUAUCAAAAAACUUUCAAUAUGUAACGAAGGACUUCGGCAACUUCAUCGAAUCCAUCGACAAAGGCGAAAAGCUAUAUCUACGAUCAUUGGCAAUUGGCAAGCCAUCAGAGUUGCCUGCCGAUAUAUCUCGAGACUUCCCAGAAAUAGCGGGAGACUUCCAUCUCCCACCGGAGCUUCUUGUGGUUGAGGAGAACAAGCACAGUUCACCUCUGAGGAUCUCGGGCCCGGUCACGAUGUGGCUUCACUAUGAUGUUAUGUCCAACGUUCUUUGUCAAAUUCGAGGCCAAAAACGACUUCUGCUCUUCCCUCCGGGCGACGUGGAGUAUUUUGAUUUCGCGCCCGGGGCAUCUAGCUCCAGCGUAGAUGCCUUUGGGGAUUUAACUGGUACCAAGGCAGCCCCAAGCCAUCCGCACGAAGCAAAUAUGAACGCAGGCGAUGUACUAUUCCUGCCGUCGCUUUGGUUACACACUGCGAAGCCAUUGGACGGAGUAAGUGUUUCCGUCAAUGUCUUCUUCAGAGGUCUACAGCACGGGUACGCUGCGGGGAAGGACGUAUAUGGAAACAGGGACUUGCAGGCGUAUGAAAAGGGAAGACAGGAUAUCACCAAGCUCAGCAACACGUUUGAAAGCCUACCACCUGACACUCGAAAGUUCUAUCUAUUGAGGUUAGCAGAUGAGUUGGACCAGAAGGCUCGGUCAUCUUGA